UGGCCACUCUCUCAAACCCACACCCCCCCCCUUCCCUCUAGUCUCAGUCUCGCUCGCUACUCUUCCAUUCUCACUCACUAGUCACGACUCUUGGUCAAAUCGCGUCUCGUUCGUACGCGGUGGCAAACCGUACCCUUGGGUCAACAACCCUGGACCUGCCAUCCCGGUUUCCAUUCGUCCUACUCUUCUCAUUUUCGGUUGUUCGUCACGGGUGCUUUCGCUCUUCAUCGUCUGCGAUUUUCUCUUCCCUGAACUUGUGUUGUUGCCCCGACCACUUGCGACCCUUCUCCACCACGACCACUACAUUAUCACCGACGAUAGCAACAAUCUACCUCGCUCCGCAACGCUCUCCGGCACUACUUCCUUGAGACCUCUUCAACAACAACAAUAACUGACCGACCGCGCCGCUUUCCUCGACUCCGUUCUAUAUCUACACCAUGCCUUUAUCGAACCGCCGCCGCGCGCGGCGCAAGGAAAUUCAGCUGCAGGAAACAUCUGACGCGGAGGCUCCGGAUUCGUCGCCAACGCGGCCCUCGAACAAAAAGCGCAAGGUCGAGCAUCCUCGAGCAUCCCCUCAAACGCGCCCGAUCAAGCCCGAGUCCGCCGAUGAAGUCGACGAUGACCAGGAACUGUCAGAGAACCAAGAUCUCGUUGACAUGGUGAUCUCAUAUCUGGAGACCGCCCGCGAAGAGGUUCGAGUUUUUCGCGACUACUCCAAUACAAUGACGGAGGCGGAGCAGAGCAUUCGCGCGUACGCCAAAAUUGCCGGUCGCAAUUGGACCUACUACGUUAAGACCCUCCAUGUCAACAUCGGUCGCGAACCCGACCGCGAGCAGAAGCUAGAUGAGCAGUCGAGUCCUGUCACCAUUGCUGCGCGCGCACUCCCGGAGAUAAAUGUCGAUCUAGGUCCCAGCAAAUUCGUCUCGCGCUUGCACGCCGAGAUCUUUUACGAUGGCGAGGAGACAGGCUCAUGGCAUAUCCGCGUCAACGGUCGCAAUGGGGUACGCCUCAAUAGCGUCAUCCUCAAGCGCGGAACAGACGCCGUUCUCUCUUGCGGUGAUAUUAUUGAGAUCGCCAACACCCAGAUGAUGUUCGUUACCCCGGGCGACAAAGCGACCAUCCACCCCAGCUUCGUGGAGCGAGCGCAGCGACUAGCGAACGGCGAAGAGGAACCUGUUUCAUGGGACGCCAGUCAGCACGCACAUCCUCAACCUUCGCACUCCUCAAAUAACACAGCUGGCAAUCCCACCCACGCUCCGCCCUCGCUGGCACCCGCACCACAGUUUCUCAAGCGCCAAGUGACACCCCCACCACGAUCGCCCGAUACAAUAGGGGCUCGUACCGCCAAGCAGUCGCCUCUCUAUAAUAGGGGUAUGAUGAUGGAGAGCACAGAGGAGAUUGAUUACAGCAAGGAUACGGCCAAGGACCUCAAGCCGCCGUAUAGCUAUGCGAACCUGAUUGCUCAGGCUAUCUUUUCCAGCGAGGAGGAGAAGCUUACACUCAAUAAUAUCUACAAUUGGAUUAUGAACAAGUACGCUUUCUAUCGACAUUCCCAGAGCGGCUGGCAGAACUCGAUUCGCCAUAAUUUGUCGUUGAAUAAGGCCUUCCAGAAGGUGCCGCGACGCACAGACGAGCCAGGCAAGGGAAUGAAGUGGCAGAUUGCACCAGAGCAUCGCGAGGAGUAUUGGAAGAAGCAGCUGCGCAAGGGUACGCAGUCAUCGGCGCCAUCAUCUCCUGCCACCAAAGUCCCCGAUCGGAGAGGGUCGACCAAUGGCAUGGAAGCAGUUUUCAACAGCAAAAAGUCUCCACCUGUGUCGUCCCCUGGAUUUAGCUCGUUCCCCGUUGCACCAGUCGAGGCGUACACACCGGAACGAGGAUCUCGUGCCAGCCGUAAUGGGGCGGCGGACCACAAUCUUCGCCUUCCCAACACUCGCGACUACGAAGAGCCCUCGCCGCUUCCGACCCGAUCAGCGACGAAGAAUGCUGGGACAAACGGGACUAGUCUCAGUCGCACCUAUGGGCUGUCGGACGCGGCUGUGGGAUCACCCCCAGUGCUGUCAUCGUCGUACUACGAUGACGGUCCCUCAUCAAUGAUAACGCCGGCCCCACAGCGGCAACAACCGCGUCUGCCCCCUCCAAGCACCGCACAGAUACCCUCCAAGUUUAUGCCCAUGAGUUCACCGGCGCAGUUUUGGAAAUUUGCGGAUAUAGGCAGCACACCGGCGCGACCCGUGCCCGAUAUGAGUCCGCUCAAAGGAGAUCCGGCGGAUGUACUAGGCAGUAUUCCGAGCAGUAGUCCUCCACCGCCCAAUCUGGCAAGCCCCAGCAAACCUGGGACGGCGACAGGCAUGGCUACCGGCCGUGUAUUGCCGCCACCACGUCGAGAGCCCGAGCCGGAGGGUGGCCGUCGUCCUGCCCCUGGCGGCGAAGAGGAGGAGGAAGAUGAGAGUGGGUUUGAUUUGGCAAGAGGCUUUCAAACGAUCGGAUCUUACCAUCGCCAGCUAAGUAGUGCGGCGCGGACAGGUGCGGCAACCUCGUGAGGUGGGAUGAAAGGGUUGAAUUUACUUCUAUUGCUAGUUUAUCGCCAGAAAGGCAUUCAAGACGAAGGAUGGCGACGAAUCAUGGGACCAUGGCUGUAUGUAUUGAUGUCACUGUAGAUAUUGCUAAUGAUUUGAUGUAGUCUUUCUUUUUGCGUUGUGUCGAGCUUGGUGUAAGUGCCGGUUUGCCCCUGCUUCGGUAGUAUAUAA